GACUUCUUGCAGGAUUGUCUAGCGUGCGAAAUGAGCCAGCCAAGGUUCAGCGAGCUGUCGUUUCGCUUUAUGGAGAUUGAGAAGGUAUUGUUGGACGUCUGCGCACUGCUCUCUCCUUCUCUCGCUCCGGAUGAUGUCUCGAACCCAGACAAGAUUGAGGCGCUAUUGCAAGACAUUCGAGACGCUCAGCAGGUAAAGAGGCAAGUUGGU